UUUAAUCUUACAUUGAUAUUAUAAAAUGCCUUAAAUUUUGAAGCAAAUUUUUUUAACUAAAAUACUUUAUAAUUUGAAACAGAUGAAGUAUAUUAGAAUGCCAUUAAAGUACUAUAACGAGGAGAAGGUCCACCAAAUUUCUUUGUUAUUAGAACUCUUCAUUAACACUUAAGAAUAAAUUAAAUAAUUGUACUACAAUUUGAAAACCAAUAACAACCUGGCACUUUAGGCAGCAUAGUUUAUAAAAAGAGCCUAUACUAAAACAAAAGAUUAGUCACAAAAAUACAUCAUCAAUUUAUAACUUGUUAGAAACAGAGGAAAACAGAGCAAGAAUAUAAACUCAUAAAUGGCAGAAAAACAGAUAAAGAAAAGUGUGGAGGGAAAAUCAACGGUCAUAGUUGCACCGCCAUCAUCAUCCACCAUCACAGAGGAGAAAUCAACGGCUAUUAGUCCUCCUCCGGCACCGGCAACUCCUGAGGUUACCGUCGCCGUCGUUGAAAAUAUUGCACUAGCACAUGUUGAGCAGGAAAAGAGGUUGUCUUUUAUAAAGGCAUGGGAAGAAAGUGAGCAAACUAAAGCUAUUAACAAAGCUGAGAAGAAGUUUUCUGCUCUCGACGCGUGGGAGAACAGCAAGAAAGCAUCUUUAGAAGCUAAAUUGAAGGAAAUUGAGGAAGAAUUGGAAAAAAAGAAGGCUGAAUAUGCAGAAAAGAUAAAGAACAUGGUAGCUCAAAUCCACAAACAAACAGAAGAAAAGAGAGCAAUGGUUCAAGCCAAAAAGGGAGAAGAGGUUCUUAUGAUCCAAGAGAAAGCUGCAAAAUAUCGAGCUACCGGAUACGCCCCGAAAAAGAUCUUAGGAUGCAUCUCAUUUUAGAUCAUUCAGAUUUCAGGUUCAAAUAUUUACUCCAAGAUAAUGCAGUUUCAAUGUGAAAUACAGUACUAGAUUCACUAAUUUAGUUUGUUUCUUCAUGUGAGUAAGUUGUCUGACAAUCCAGUGUAAACUGUGUAUUACUAGGUAAUUUGCUUUUGUUUCUUUGUAUCAAUAGAACAAUUAAUCUUUGUAAAAGAAUCAAUUAUUAUUAUUAGGGAGUUUGGUGACGGUUUUUCCUCUUUA